AUGCCAAAGAAUUUUGCUGAAAUAGAGAAGCUAGUUAAAGGUCUAGUGUUGCCGAUUCAGAGGUUGUACGCUUCUAAAGCCGCUGCCAAGUAUAUGACGUGGCACGUAGAACACGAGAUGGUUGAUAGAAAGAUAACAUAUGGUAGGCUGGCCUGCCCACACUACAUGGAAAAAACUAAUGCAUUCUCCCUCGCAUCUAGUGGUAAACAGUCGUGGUUUGAUUGCCACAGAAAGUUCUUGCAUGUUGGUCACCAUUACCGUCGAAAUGAUAUUGAUUUCCAAAAAGGCAAAUGCGAGGGUAAAGGAUUUGGAGGGGAUUUUCCGUAUUGGAAAACGAAUGUCAUUCGUCAUAAUUUUGAUAUCAUGCACAUUGAGAAAAAUAUGUUCGUAAACAUUUUCAAUAUUGUGCUCAAUAUCCUUGGGGAAACAAAAGACCAUGCAAAAUCUCAAGAAGAGUUGAAUGACAUAUGUGAUCGGCCUGAGUUAGCAAAAGAUCCGGCCAUUGGGAGAUUUCCUAAGGCGACAUGUGUUAAUACAACCAAUCUGAAAAUGCAUGGAAUGAAAAGUCAUGACUUCCAUAUUUUUAUGCAAAGACUUCUGUCAAUCGCUCUUCAUGAGCUUUUAUCAAGGGAAGUGUGGGAGCCUUUAACUGAGCUGAGUAUCUUUUUUCGUUGGUUAACUUCCACGUCGCUGACACAGGAAGAUCUAGAUUAUAUGGAGCUUAACAUCCCAAAGAUAUUGUGCAAGUUGGAGCGUAUUUUCCCGCCCAACGUUUUUGACUCCAUGGAACAUCUCCCCGUACAUCUAUCGUACGAAGCUAUAAUGGCAGGGCUGGUUCAGGUGGAAGGAAGUAUUAGUAGCGAAUACUUACAAGAAGAAACUGGAAAGUUCGCAUCUUAUUACUUUUCAGAAGGUGACCGAAUGAUACAUGAGCGUAUGCAAAGGAAUAAAGUGUGUGAUAUUGAAAUCGAAGACGAUGUCGACAGACUAUCUAUUUUCAAGCCGCACGGGCAACCAAAAGUAAGCGUUAAUACAGCUGUCAGUGUAAUAAAAACUAUUUUAGCUUCUAAUUGUGGUUCUCUUCUUUUAAAAGUGUUUUCGAAGGCGAGUUGCACCAAAGGAAUCCCAAAAUCAGCAACUUGCAUAUUGAAGGCAAGUUCGAGAGUAACUUUGCCCCCUGGUUUCAACAAUAUUCUCGCAAAGGGACCUGUUAGAUUAGUCAGAACAUUUAAGGGAUACCAUGUAAACGACUUUAAAUUCCAGACUCAAGGUUAUGGGGAGGAACAGCUUACGAUGAAUAGUGGAGUCUGCCUGAAGGGAACCCAGUAUGUCGAUAACGAAAAUGACUUUUAUGGAGUCCUGACAAACAUCAUUGAAUUAGAGUAUCCAGCACUGCCAAUGAAGACGACUGUCUUAUUUAAAUGUGAGUGGUUCGACCCAACGCAAAUUUCUGGCACAAUUAGUAACAAUAAAUACAACAUGGUGGAUGUUAAUAACAUAAAGAGGUACAAUAAGUAUAAGCCUUUCAUCUUAGCCGAACAGGUCGACCAAGUUCAGUACCUGCCAUAUUCGAGUAAAAGAAAGGAUAAAUUAAAUUGA